AUGCCCGAUGAGACUGAGCCUCUUCUCCCUCGCUACGAGGAUGACACUCCUCGCCAGCGCCAGCUGCACCAGAAGCUGCAUUCCUAUCAGAUGAUCCGUGCCAUGUCCGAAGGCUACAUGCCGUCCACCGAGCAAACCAUAGCCAAUCUACGUACUCUGCUCGCUUCGGACGUCCUCAACUUUCGGAACCAGGAUAUCGGAAGUGUCGGUCGCCAACUAGCUCGUGAUGCUCGCCUGUGGGUCGAGGCCCUUAUCAAUUUUCUCUAUCACAAAAACAACCAAGACCAGCUGCAGGAGUUUCUGUGGCGCCUAUCUCAGUCACGGGCCUCACUCGAUGGGUCCCGCGUGUCGCAACACGCCGCCCACGUGAAAUCCCGCGCUGAUACUAAAGCUGCGUAUGAAAGCUUUCGUACUGUGGGGAGCUUGCUUUUGACAAAUGCCGACUUUCGUUUAUUCGUCGACGAUGUUGCUACUGUGGGCCGCCAGAUCUUUGCCGACACUGCGACGUCCCUCUCCGAAAUAUCUAAGAACGUUGCCGAAGAGGUGAAGCCUUCGGAAUUCGAGGCAGAGGCUCUGAAUGGUGCUGGCGCUGACGAGGGCCAUGAUCUGUCGAGGGAGGAGGUCCAGGAGGAGAUUGCCCACGCGGUUGCCGUCACCGGGAAGGGUGCAGCAGACACUGGACUGGCGGCUGUGAAAAGUGCCAAGGAGCACCUAGCAGGCCAAGAGAGAGAGACAUUAUUGUAUCGUCUGAAGAAAGUGGUGACUAGACUACGUGAGCGAUCUGAUUACUCGGACUCUGUCUCUACUCUCACGCAGCUGGUGCAGCGCUAUGCUCUCAUCUACGCGAACGCGGCUGAAGAUGCUACGACCGCUGCACAGGAAGAUAUCCAUGUCAAUGAUGACCUGAAGCAGGCCGUUGAAAACUUCUGGCAGUUAGUGCGGUCUUUUGGACACGCGGAAGAGUGGGACCGACUGCAGGAGAAAUUCCACAACGUGUUGCGCCAUGCAAACAAAGAUCCUGAAUUUGAACGACUGAUGGGGGAGGUCGGGGGCUCGUUAAAAGACAUGCUCACCGACCCUGAGUUUUUUGAUUCGGCGCCGAAGAAGCUCGAAGAACUUCAGCAACAGUCAGAGAAAAUCGGAUCAGAGACUAGUCUUCGCCAGGACUUGGAUGAAUUUCUCGCCCAAGCCAAGAGAUCCUUGCAAUCUGUACCCGAGGAUCCGUUGGUUGUAACACUGAUCAAUGCCACCAAGAAAUUCUAUCACGACGCAUAUACUGCCUAUAAUGAAAGCUCGUCAGAUCUUCCAGCAAAUAUUGCGAAUGUUCUCUUCCCUGUUCUCCUGCGCACUAUCCAAUAUGUGCCUAUCCCUCGAUUGGAGGUGUCGGCUCCAGAGAUGGAUCUGCUGCUGGAAAAUCUGAUACUAGAACCGGGCCAUACGGUCAAUUUCUCCUCGUUUUUGCCGUACAGGCUGCACCUUCAGACACGUAAUGAUAUCGAAGUGAUGAAGAAGCACUCGAAGCGUACCGAUACAUCUAUCAGAACCAUCUUCCAGGUGACCAUCCAAGGCCUUAAUGUCAGCGCCAAAGACUUCGGAUACUGGUUCAAGACCCACGCCAGCUUCUUCCGCCUCCGAGAUGAAGGAAUUGCUAGCUUCUACCUCGACCGCCGAGGUGUCGACAUCUCUCUAGAUGUCGAAGUUGGUCGUGGCCGAGUUGAAGAGAUCUUCACUCUACGCAGCGUUCGAGUCCGCAUCCACAAGCUUGAUUAUACUGUCGAUAAGAGUAAAUGGAAGUUCCUGCUAUGGCUCACAAGGCCGUUCUUGAAACCUCUCAUUCGACGUGUUUUGGAGAAGAAGAUCGCCGAGGAAAUCGUCAACGUUGCACAUGCUCUGAAUCGGGAAUUGGUCUUUGCUCGAGAACGCCUGCGCGCCACUCGCAUUGCCAACCCUCAGGAUUUGGCUACAUUUAUACGAGCUGUGCUUGCACGACUUAAGCCUGCUGACAACCUGGAUGUCGAGGCUCGUAUUGGUCUCGAUACUCUGGACAGUGGUGUUUUCAAGGGUGUUUAUGCUCCUGGCAGUAUUGUCAAAACAUGGCAUGAGGAGGCUACCCGUGCUCAGGAGGCCAUAGAAGAAGGAGAUGAGAAUAAUGGACUGGGACAUACUUGGAGAAAUGAUAUUUUUGAUGUGGCUGGAACUCGCUGA